AUGACUCAUCAAUCUGUGAAUAAACUGUCUCGAUUGAAAUAUCAAAUUAUUCAACAGUUUUGGUACAAAUGGAAACACGAGUAUCUUACCUCUCUUCGAGAAUAUCAUCGAAACACCGGAAAGGACGAUCAAACAAUUAAAGUUGGAGAUGUAGUACAAGCGUACGAAGAAUCACCGAGGACAAAGUGGAAUCUAGCCGUUAUUGAUCAACUGAACAUUGGAGGUGACGGGAAAACGAGAUCUGCUGUUAUACGAACAAAAAAUGGACUCACUUCACGUCCAACAAAAUAUUAUCCUCUCGAAGUGUCAGAAAAUAGAGACUUUACUAUAGACAAUAAUUGUGAUCUCAACAAUCCUUCUACUUCUAGAAACUUAAGCCGUAAAGCGAAAAGUGUUGCCAUAGAGAAACUUAAGAAAUUGACAAAAGGAAAUAAUUCAUAA